AUGCUACGAGGAUCACUUAUCGUAUUUGCUGGUAUUCUUUCUGUCAUCUUUCUCAAGCGGCGUUUGCGUUACUUUCAGUGGACUGGAAUUCUGAUCACUGUGUUUGGAUUGGCUCUUGUUGGCUCAAAGUCUGUAUUCAGUGCAAAUUCAGUGAAAGCAACCACUUUACAAUCAAUAAUAGGAUUGAUACUAGUAUUAGCCGGUGCGUUCACUUCUGCUACACAAAUGGUAAUAGAAGAGGUUUUUCUGAAAAAACGUGGCUUCCAUCCUUUACAAGCUGUUGGUAUGGAAGGGAUUUUUGGGUGCAUUUUAAUGUCUGGUAUUGUACUACCAGCUGUUCAUUUUAUUCCUGGAAAUGAUUUAAAUGGUUCAUAUGAAAAUGUUAUUGAUGCAAUUUAUCAAAUUGGAAAUAACUAUAUUCUACUAGGCAAUUGUAUUAUUUAUGUCUUUUCCAUUGCAAUAUUUAACUACUGUGGUCUAUCAAUUGCUCGAAGUCUUAGUUCUAUUCACCGAACAUUGAUAGAUUCUUUACGUACUGCACUGGUAUGGAUUUGCAGUUUAAUUUUAUACUAUGGAAUCGGUCCGCCAUAUGGAGAACCAUUCAAUAUUGGAUGGGGUCUUAUUGAAAUCGACGGUUUUGCACUACUCAUUAUUGGCACAUUAAUUCAUAAUCGUGUAUUAGAUAUAACUUUAUUACCAUGUUGUCCAAAUUCUACAGAUUCAAUAAUAAUUAGAGAAGAGGAUAUACCAGAUAGAAGUGAAUUCUCUGAACCAUAUUCACUUGAUCAUACAGAUACUUUUGAUUCUAGUGAUUAUGAUGAUUAUGAUGAUGAUGGUGAUAAUGAUGAUGAUGAUGAUAAUAAUAAUAAUGGUGAUGGUCAUAAUCAUAGAUUCAGUGGUAUAUUCAGUCAUUCUAAUUGUCCAUCAACAAUUGAUCAAGAACAUGAACAUUUAUUACAGAAAACAUCGAUUGUUCGUACAAAAUCAUGGAAUAAUUACUCAUCUAUUAAUUAGAUAAUAAUAACAAUAAGGAUAAUUACAAUGAUUACUUAAUGAUUGAUUCAUAAUUAUUUUCAA